GAGAACUUGCCGAAAUAACUGUUCGUUAUGGAUCGACGCCUUAUGUCACUGGCCGUGGCCAUGGUGCUGGUUUAUGUUGGCCCGAGGGCGACUGUAGUUGGCGUUGCUAUUCCGUCAGAGCUUGAAAUAGCGCUGAUGCCUAAUUUGGUCAUGGCACCGUUGCCAGAAGGACCAGAAAUACUUAAUGAUUCCGCUUGCUGGGGACACGGCGAUGUACGUUACGACACUCUAGAUGACAGACAGUUCAGAUAUCCUUCUCCAGUUGAAAAAUACGGCGUUAUGAUCCUUCCUUGGAUAGGAAAUCCGUGGUGGGUGAUAACUGAGCACGAGUUACAUGGUGGACCAAAUGCCACACGCAUCAAAGAAGUAUAUGUGAAGUGUCCAACUAACAUCUACUUCAGGGCUACAUUGGGGGGGCGUGUCAACUUAUAUUAUUGGGAUGGCGCUGCAUGGGUUCCCAUCGAUGCCGCAGGGCUACCAGCUAAUUUCCCCCCUCCAGAUGGGACCGCGUGGGUUUAUUUUUCAGUUCAAAUAUUCAAGAUAGAUUGCAAAAUGGACCCAUACAUGUUCGUCCUUGUCUAUCGGCACAGUGUUAGGAUAUUCGUGAGCGGUCAGUGGGCAGCCGGUGGCCCUCAUGCAUUACGUGGUAUUUGCGCGGACUUCAAUGGCGACCCGGACAACGACUGUGUUAAUUUGGCGGCACCUGAUCCUCCCCAGGACUGGACACCUUUCUUAAUUCCUUAAUCUUGGACGAAUUAUGACAAAGUUCGAACGUUGACGAUGAUAAAAAGAACAUGAACAAGGACAAACGAAACAUGAAAUAGGACAAAGAAAACGUUUAGGCAAACAGAGACAACAAACAGGACUGAAACCCACAGGAAUAGGAUGAAAAUUGGGAACGCGAACUGCAAUUUCACUUUACAAAAAUGCCUGAUUCUUGGAUCUUUAUGGUUCAGAUACUGUUUCCUUCAAUUAUGCUAAUUGACUUUCAUUUACUGUGGAAUAAUUGGUCAGUUAUUGAUACCAAUGGGUUCUUUUUCAUGCGAUCAUACUUAUACAUUUAAUUAUUUUAGUAAUAGACAGGGUGCUUAUAGCAAAUUAUUUGGUAGGGCAUAUAAUGUAUGUGUCUGUGUAAUAUCUUAUUUUCCCAUAACAUAUGUAUUGCAAUGUAGAUUAAAUUAGUAUUCGCAUUUGAUAUAUUACAGUGAUUCAAAUUAAAACAUUUUUUCCAAUUUUAAUUUUAAAAACAUCUUUGAACGGACAGAAUAGUAAUGGUAAUGUUUGUGAUAUUUUGAGGCACUGUUUUCAAAUUUGGAAUUCUUCAAGUGAGCGAAAUGAUAGAAAAUGGUGUAUUUACCUUGGUAUAUACAUUUGUAUUUAUUAGAUCUUAAUCAGUUUACCUCUGCUGCAUUCUGAACAUUGUUUCUGUCCACCAUAUUUAUAUGGGAUAUUGAUUAGAAUGAAUAUUUAGUGAUUAGUUAUAGCGAAAGACUGAUUUGUUUCCUGUUCCACAUUAUUUUACCAAGGCAGGGUGCUUAUGUGUGUAUUGUUACUGUGAAGACAUAUACGAGGUUGUGGUGGUAUUUUUAUUCAAACGUAGACUUAAUUAUUGUUCUUCUGAUAUAUAAGAGGGAUUUAAAUUUAAAACUUUUCAUUGAAAUGUAACAAUCUUUAAUGUGUGGAAUAUGUGUUACAUGCAAGUGAGAGGGUUAGAGAGACAUUUUGAAGUUCUGUUUGCUUAUUUCAAAUAUUUAAAAUGAUAAAAAAGAUUGUGCAUA